UCUUUUUUGCAUUUUUUUGGUCGAUUUUGGAAUAAACCCAUUACUGUAGUUGAAGAAAAACCCUAGAGGAAACUUUGAGAUUUGAUGCAGAAGCUGUGGAAGAAGGGGAUUCAGUUGGUGAGAGAUGAUCCGGUUGACGAAAUUGAAAUCUGUGGCGGAAUUUGCAGAUUCCGGCCGCCAUCAAUUGAUUCAAAGAUGCUGGGUGAGCGGCACGGCGAAGGGCAAAGCGAAGAUCAAAGGCGGGCAGCAGCUGAAGCGCUCCAAAAUCACAAUCAAGAAGGGCGGCGCCGCCCCUUCGAAAGGAGGAGGAGGAAGAAAAAUGCCUCCAGAACAGGAGAAGCUCUACGAUCAAUGCCUAAAUGCUCCUACGCCUCUGCGAUUCUUGAAGCCCAAGGAUAGAGAACGCGAGGCGGAGCGGGAGAAGCUCGGGCUUAUCAGCAAAGACCGUCAACGCGAGAUUGAGAUGAUGAAGAUGGAUAAAUCCAAAUUAGGGAUUUCGGAUUCUCCAUCCAUACUAGGAACUGUUGGUUUGGAUCUCAUUUCACUGGGCGUAGUCGAUGCAGAUAAGAUUCCCAAGUACGAGUUGACGGUGGAAGAUGGGCGGCGGCUUGCCAAGGAAUAUAGUCGGGUGUUGAUGAGGCGCCACCGGGCAAGGCAGGCGGCUGAAUCGACGCUGUUGCAGAUGAAGAAAGAUGCCAUUGAAGCAUUGCCAGAGCAUUUGAAAGCUGCUGCUAUGGUGCCGGAUUUGACUCCAUUCCCACCCAACCGGUUCAUGGCGACUUUGACGCCUCCAAUCGAAGGCUAUAUUGAAAAGGUCAAGGAAGCCGCGAGGAGGAGUAGCGGGAAAGAGAAGCUUAGAUGAUCAGAGAGAUUUCAAAUGCGGCAGUAGAUGAAGCUACCUACAUAAACUUCAGACUAAAAAAGGGCAAGCGCAUGGUUGCAAGAGAGAGCCACGAAGCAUUAAAUCUUCUGAAUUUUUUACUUGUGUAACCUGAAGACUCUUUUAAUUAAAUUCCAGGAGCCAGAUGCCUCUUCUUAUUCCUCUUUUUUCUUCUCUUUUCUUUCUUUUUUUUUUUUGGCUUUUUGUUUUUGGAUCGGUUUCAAUGGCUUUGUGAUAUUCUUUCUGAAUUCACAGGUUUCUUUUGCCAAAUUGGCACUCUGUUUUCCCCCAUGCCUGUUGAAGGAAUCGAUCUUCUUAAAGAAAAUCUCCCAAAUCAUGCUCUGAUUCAACUGAA